UGUACCACCAUCUAGGGAAGUGGGUUCCAUGGUACAGAAUUCUGUUAGGCUUUGCUGCUGCUUCGUUUGCUUACAUCCUUAUUAUCAUGGUUUUAUGUUUGUUUCACAUAUAUCACGGUCAUCAGAUUUACAUGCAUGUGGUGCACAAGAUCUGCAUUGUUUUGAUUCUCACCGGCAAUGUCACCAUGACGAUAAUCGUUGACAACCUGUGGUCUUCUGAGUGGUCCACGGUUCUAUUGUCACUGCAGAUAACUGGACCAUUCCUGCAAAUAGGAGCAGUUGUUCUUAUGACUGCGCUGUCAUGGGUUAUAGCCGGCCAGUGGUACUGUCUUUCAUUGUGUGUGUUAAAACUGUUUUGGCUUUUCAUGUUUACUGCCUUAAUGAUGGGAUUGUAUAUAUCACCGCUGUAUAUAAACUCGCCGUGUGUCGUCUCUGUGACAAAUUUGCCACCAAAACCAAAGGUCUUUGCCCACCGAGGUGCUUCUGGGUUAGUUCCAGAAAAUACUGUUUUGUCUUUCCAAUAUGCAGAUAAAUACCAUGUCUAUGGUUUAGAAAGUGAUGUUCGAAUCAGUUUUGAUGGUGUGCCAUUUCUCAUGCACGAUUCGUCACUACGUCGAACAACCAAUGUAGAAGAUGUCUUUCCUGAUUUCGUUGAUAGGGACGCUUCGUUUUUCAACUUCUCCAAUCUCAGACAGUUGAAUGCAGGGUAUUGGUUUUUAAAGGAUAAUCCGAUGUGGUCAGCUGGUGAUUUGUCUGACGAGGAGAGACGUCUAGUGUCGAAUCAGAGCAUUCCAGCUCUUUCGGAACUUGUCAGCAUAGCUCACAAGUCGAACAAAAUCCUCAUGUUUGAUUUGUUAUGUCCCAAUAAGUACCAUCCGUUCCACGAUGGCUGUGUCAACCAGACUAUCAAGGCAAUUCAAACUGGAGGUCUUCCUUUUAGUCAGGUUUGGUGGUUUAAUAACACAGGAGAUGUCGCCAAUCCAGAUGGAGUGACGGUCGUCGCCACGGAACAGCUGGGCUCUAUAUCCGAGUUGAGGCAGAGUAACAUAUCCGUGGUUCACGCUCAUUACGGACAACUCUCCACUAAGAAUAUAAAGGAGUAUGAGAAUGCCAACAUGUCUGUGAACAUUUAUCUGGUGAACUCCAAGUGGUUUUUCUCUCUCUACUGGUGCAUGGGGAUUCAUUCCGUUACGACAGAUAUGUGUCACAUGAUCGACUCUGUCGACCGUCCAGUGUGGCAUUUGUCUCCAAACAGCUAUCUGACACUGUGGGUGACAGUGGACGUUCUUUCAGCUGUCAUCAUAGUCACACUGUUCGCUGUUCAGAGAAUCCGCCUGUUCGGCACGUCGUUCACCCCGGAGAUGGUGUCGCUGAAGACGGGCAAGCCGAAGCACGUGAAGCGGACGAGGACGAUGAAGGAGAAACUUCUCUACAGCAUGACUGACUCGUUCGGAGACCAUCUGCAGGACGGUGCAGACCGCCAGAACCCGGUCGUCAUGAGCAACGCCGAUUCUUCCUACUCCAUGGCUUCCAUCAGGCGACCCGGGUUUCCCAGAGGAACCACACAGCCGGACGGGAAGUACGAGAUUGACUAAAAUCACAGAAAUAGAGGUUGCUAUGAAGAACCAAGAGUCAUGUUGGAUGGAAUUUUGUUUUUUAAAGCAACCAGGACUCAAAAUUAAUCAACAGCAAUUGCCAUAGAUGUGAUAUGAAGUGCUGUAGCAAAAAUUGAAGAUAGUGAUUAAUUGCUCCCCAAACUUACAAAAGAUAUAAAAGAUCCCUUGCUGGUUUUUUAAAUUUACUAUAUUAAUGCCAUAUAAAUUGACAUACUAAGAGGAGCUAAAUAUUACUCAUUGAACUAGUCCCAGGGGAGUGGUGGGCAGCGAGAAUGAUAGCUCCCCUUAAACGACCAGGUUUAUCGUAGGUCAGGGUCAAGGUUUACCAUAGGUCAGGGUCAGGGUCUACCAUAGGUCAGGGUCUAGCAUAUGUUGGGGUCUAAAAUUAUUGCCGAUUGUCAUUUUUGUUUGUUUUUAGUUUUGUCUUUAUUUGUUGCAAAAGUUGCUAGUUUAAAAUUACAAUAGACAAGACUCCAAAUUGCCAUAGGUUAGUAUUUUCUCUUCAGCAAACAUUUAAUAAUUGUCGUAUGUAACAGAUUCUUCUUAAGUUCGAGCUAUUGCAGAGCUCGACUAGAAACAAAAAUAUGAGAUUUGAUUAAGCUGAAGUGAGAUGGUUGGAUGAAAAUAUGAAAAGACUAAUGUGGCACAACAGAUGGAAAUUGAAAAAUAAACUAGCUGGUGUAACAUUGGACUACCAGACGAGAAAAUAUGGAAUUAUGAAGUUUAUGAGAUUGAGAGAUGAGUCACAAACAGAUGUAUUUUUCCUGUCCCAACCAGCACCCAAUGACUGGUAUAUCAAACACUAUGGUAUGUGCUGUACUGCCUGUGGGAAAGUGCAUAUAACAGAUCCCUUGCUGCUAAUGGAAAGAAAAUGUAGCGUGUUUGACAUCCAAUAGCUCUAAUGGUGUCGUUAAAGAAAACAAACAUUUUUGUCAAUACAGAUGUGAAUUAUAACAUGGGAGUGAACUGGAGACAACGACACAAAAAGUAAAAUAUUUCUUGAGCGGACUGACCUCGUCCCUUCCUGGCCCAAGCUGAUUUGUGACGUUAACACACAAGAUUGUGAGAAUGGCGGCUGUAGUUGUAAUGCUCUCGAAGACCAACUGUCACAUUAUCCAACUCUUGUGUCUCAGUUUCUCAGUGUGCUUACACAUUCACCAGUACAAGACUUCACUACCUCUGGAAAUCUUGGAAAUUUGUGAGAAAAAACAUUCCAUUGAGAGUUUUACUUGGUCCCGAGGGUGUCCGGUUUGGAGGGGUUUCACUGUACUAGCAGAGAUGCCAACCAUUACGAAUUUGGUGGAAUCAUUGCGAAUUUAAAGCACAGAUUACGCUAUUAGAAAGAAAAUUGUAAUGUCGCAUAUUUGUUGUCGGAUCUUAUUUUGGAAGGCAUAAAUGUUGUUAACACUGGAGAAAUGGAACUUUUUCCCUCUUCACCGUCAACAAUCGUAGAUUGAUUUCCUGCCUUGUUCUUUAAAACUUAUGGAUUCCGAAUAGCGAGCAUAGCAAAGCGUGACGAUAUAGAAUAAACCUGUCUAGCAAUCCGUCUUCCGAACAGCCCCGAUGUUUACCGAUUGGGUAUGGCGUUGAACUUGACUUUACCAAACUGUCGAAAAACGCACUCCUGAGCCAUCACUGAUAACAUUCCUAUUUUGGAGGGUGGGAUUCCUAUUUUUGAAGCCUGGAUUCCUAUGACACUCUAACUAGGGUUGGCAUCUUUGUAAUAGCCUUCUAUUUUUGUCAGUCUGCUACAAUGUACUUUUGAAACAUGAUGAACACCGAGGACUUACAAUUAAUUUUGACACCUCAUAUCGAAUACACAUUGUCAUGUGUAUGUAUAUAUAUAUAUAUAUAUAUAUAUAUAUAUAUAUAUAUAUUAUUUUUUAUUUAUUUUUCUUACCAUGCAUUUGUUAAAUAUUCAGGCAUGUUAUGUAUGAACAAAUUUGUCAAAAGAGUCACCUUACAGUGUUUGCCAAGAGCAAAAUCAAGGCGAGCUGAAGAUCACUCUUCUGAAAUGGUACUAGGUGAAUAAUCACACGAAGUUUCAGAUAACAAUUUUGUUGCAAGGUGAUCAAUUUGCCUUUCCUGGUGAGGACUGCCUCAGCAUGUUAGAAUCAGGUCUCCGUCUGAUAUUGGUCAUCUAAUAGAAGUGAUGCCUGUCCAUGUUCUAUUCAUAUUUUUUUAUAUAUUUAUCUGUAUUGUAUAGUGUUAUAUAUGUAUAUAUAUAUACCCUACAACUAAUAUGACAUUAGUCUGUAGAAUGAUAUAUUGUGCUACUCUAGGAACCGCUUUUCAUUACAGGCAUGGCGGAGCAGGGGAGAGGGCUCUAGUCAUCACCCCCCCCCCCCCCCCCCCCCCCACCACCAACAAUUCUGAAUAACAAAUAUUGGUAAUAAAUCUUGAGGCAGAGAUAAAAUUUACUUGUAGAAUGCAGGAAAUUGCAUUUCAGGACAUCUAGUUUUCAAACUUUUACGGGGGAGUAUACCUGAAAUCUCCAAGAAACUUUGCUUUGCACCCCCUUCCCCAUGUCUACUUCUGCUGUGCCUGCAUUGAUACAAUUUAACGUUUACAUUUAUCGAUAUAAUGCAUAUACAGUAUCUUUUCCAUGUGCCAGCAUCCAGCAUGUAUAAAAAAGUAUAUCAAUGAGUAAUUUUUCUGUGCUCGACUUUUCCGAGCGGUAAUGUCAUAACAUGAAAUAUUUACAAGUGGCUUAAAAAUACAUUUUCAUGAUGUCAAAUUUUCCAUAUUAAUCCAUUUGUAAAGACAGAGAAAUGGAAAUGCACAAAUCAAGCGUCGAAUCGCUUUUAUGGAAAGCGGCCAUAACUACCAGUAAUGGAAAUGGGUUUUAAGUUCUAGUUAUAAUAACUUAUCUGUAGAUAGAGAAUACUGCAUGAGUGGCCAUUAGAUACUGUUUAUCUUACAAAUUGUUUAAAAACAUAUCGAAUGAGCAAAAGCGAGUUGGGUACAUUUUUAAAUAACAAGAUGUAAAAUGACGGGUAUCUAACGGACACAAAUGUAGUAUUCCAUUUCUUACAUAUCAUCAGAAAACAGUUUUAAAAUCAAUUUAAAUGUCUUUUCCAACAAAAACGUAUGUACAGCCCUAACGCUUAUAGUUAACUUGUGUGUCAUAGACAAGUUAAUUUCAGGUUAACUUGUAUGUUACAGAGUGAUCGAUUUGACCUUUCUUUUUUUUCCAUUGGAUUGUAUGGCAUUAAUGACCUGGUCAUCACCUAGGAGCAGCCUGUCAUACGUCUUUAAAAUGUUAUCUCACGUAUGUGUGUUAACGCUAUAUGAGUUAUAAAAAAUAAUGAAUGAUGUUCUCACCAAAGGGUGUGUAAGAAAGAUCUAUAAUAUAAGAAUAAUGCUGCUGUAUUAUUCAAAUAACCAGUUAUGGGAAUGGGUUCUAAGAUAUAGGUAUACACAUGGAAAUCUGCAGAUUGUUACGUUUGUUAUACUGUACUAUACUAUAGUCAGAGAUAGAAAUAGGUUUUAGGAACUGGGUAUCUGUUUGUAAGAUGGCGUACAUAAGCUAAAGGUGCAAAUUGGAAAUGUAUUUGUACAUAUAUAUAUACUCCCUGCAUGUAUUUUCAUCACUUCUGACAGACUUGUAUACAUCCCAUCAUUUGAUUAGCCUUUAAAUUGGACCAGGACGAAAAUUAUGUUAAAGUUACAUACAUUGUCAAAUAUUCCAUCCAAAUAACGGGGGUUUUUCUAUUUUUAUUUUUAUUUUUUAUAAUAUAUAUUUUUUUAUCAAAGAAUCUCAGUUCAGGUGUAUGUGAAAAAUGGUUGCCUGGGUAACCAGGUUUUACAUGUCAUGUGGUAAUAUACAUACAUGUAUAUCCUGCCAUCGGGUACAAACAUGUGAAGACUUGGAAAGUUUCUCGUUAUUUAUCUACAUGUAGUUAAAAUAAACCUGCACUGCUAAACCAUUAAAAAUCUGUCCAUUACUUUUCAGUACUGCACACGGAAAUUCGGUACACAUGUUAUAAUAAAAUGUAUGCAUGUACAUAUAUAUAUAUAUAUAUAUAUCCAGUUUGCAACAGUUUCCGGCAUCUUCCAGCAUCUAUGUGAAACUAUUUUGUCCAUGAUAACUAAAUGUAAGGUUUCUCGAACAUUACCUCAUCAGGGCUUCUAGAAUUGUCAUAAAAUCCACUAGCCAUGGGAUCAGUGAUUUAAAAAAUUUACUAGCCACGAAUAAAAAUUCACUAGCCAUACUUUACUUUAAAUUAAUACAAUUUUACUAAAUACUAGUAAUAAUCAGAUACAUGUAUGUCACCUAAAGAGCAAGAUAGAGCUUAAAAAUACUAACAUGGAGGGGUUGGGGUGGAGGCAGGAUAUUUAUAGUUACAAAAUAGACUUAGCUGCAACAUUUGGCAACAAAAGAAUUCACUAGCCAUCGGGCAAAGCAUUAGUAGUUAUUUACUAGCCCAACAUUGAAUAUCACUAGCCAUGGGAGUGGGGCUACCAUAAUCUAGAAGCCCUGACCUCAUUGUACUUAUUAAACAUCCAUUGUCAAAUACUUACGUUCAAUGGCAGUUUUUACAAUCCGUGUGAUUUACAUUUAAGUAUAGCUUGUUAAACAAGAAUUGGUUGUGAAUCUUGUAUAUAAAAAAGUAAAGUUUGGUUUCUUUAAUGACACCACCAGAGCACAUUGAUUUAUUAAUCAUUAGCUAUUGGAUGUCAAACAUUUGGUAAUUUUGACAUAUAGUCUUAGAGAGGA